AUGGCGGUAGCAGGGUUCUGCUCCUUCCCGGACGAAUUCACCAACACCACGCUCGAGACCGUGUUGGGCGCCACGUCCAUGUCGAAUGCCUCCAACACCUUGCUUCCGUCGGAUCCUUCGAGAAUCGCGCACUGCACGCCACUGGACAGCGAUUGGGACAGAGUCACGUUGGAUCCAUACCAGCCCGCAUUCGGGUUGAAUAGGUGCACUUUCUUCGGGGUUGUGGUACCGCCGACCAACGCUGCCUCGCGAUCAUUCCAUGGCAACAGAACAGGGUUGACGGCCGGUGACGCUUCCGUCGCAUUGUGGGCCGCAAUGGAGUAUGGCGAUACGGUGCUUAAAACGUAUGUGUCAGAAGAUGCAACCGUUUCGUCGGUCUGGUGGCCCCCAUAG